GCAGCAGCGAUUGGAGCCUCCAUAAUGCUGGUGUUUGUGCUGAAACUCAGAUACUUCUUCCAGGCCAUGCCUAACGGUGUACUGGCUGCUAUUGUGGUAGUUAACAUGUUCCCAUUCCUUGAAAAAUUUAUGGAUAUCCCAACCCUGUGGAGACAGGAUAAGUAUCAUUUAGUUAUUUGGCUUGUAACUUUUGCAGCAGUCCUUUGUCUUGGCCUCGAUGUUGGUUUAGCAAUCUCCAUGGGCUUCACCUUCUUCGUAAUCACCGUGAGGUCACACAGGAUGAAGAUGGUGGUGCUGGGACAGAUUCCAAACAUGAAUAUUUAUAGAAGUUUAUCCGUCUACAAAGCUGUAAGAGGAAGCAAAAACCCCAAAUGUUCUCUCUCUCUGUAA